GCCAUCCUCGGCCAGGCCGCCUCCUCCUCCUCCUCCUCAUCUUUCCACUUCUCCCUAUAAACAGCACUCGGAAGGUGAAUUCCCCCUCUCUUUCCAUCUAGACCUAGACCUAGACCUAUACCUAUACCUAUACCCAUACCAAUACAUACCCUACGGCCAACCAACCAACCAACCAUGAGUGCUAAUCCCGCCCACGGGCCCGCAUUCGAGGCAGCCAUCCAAGUGACGCUCAUCAGCUCGCAUCGGUAUUCUGCCUGUCUUCGCGAGGAAUGGUGCAUUGGGGCCGGUAGGAUGCGUGUCCUUGUCCGCUAUGACCGAGAGGUCUUAUCUCGAUCCUCUCGCGCUAAUUAAGUACCCUACAGUUCCGCAUGGCGGCUACACCACCUCGAUUAUUUACCGGCUGGUGCUCGUCCACUUUGCGCAGACGCAUCCAACCCUCUACAAUGAACCCGCCACGCCGAUAUCGAUGCAACUGGCCUUUCUCCGGCGCACGGCCACUGGCCCUGCCGUUUUAAUGAUCCAGGAUACCAAGCUUGGGAAGCGGACUAGUACCGUGCAUGUGACACUGUUGCAGCCGCUGGAGCGGAAGAAGCCCACGCCCCCCAGCCCUGGCGAAGAAGAGCUGGAGGUCAAAGUCGCCGGGUAUAUUACCGUUAGUCCGGCGCAUGCGGAGGUCGGUUUUAGCGCUGUUACGGGCUGGAAUCUCUCUCCACCUCCGCCACGGGGCUCUAAGCCUGAUGGAGCGGUGGAUCUGUUAGCGUUGGCGGCCACGGGCCGGGAUGGCGCCUGGAAGCGUCUCAAUGCGCCGUUUCUGUCGUUCCGACGGGCGACGAAACAGACGGAAUUCUUUGGGCCGGAGUUGGGCUCGGCACCAGGACGGAUGGUCGCAGAGCAGUGGGCACGAUUUCGGCCCGAAGGGGAUGUCACGGCGCGGUGGACGAACGAGGCCCUGGUCUAUCUGACGGAUAUGUUUCCCACGGCGCUGGCCGGGUUCGACGAGGCUGCCGCGGAAGCCUCGGGGCGUCGGGGGCAGGCACAGCACUGGUACCCGACGGUGACGUUGAAUAUCGAUCUGAAGCGGCGGUUGCCGGCGGAGGGGGUGGAGUGGUUGUACAGUCGGGUGCACUCGAAGCUGGUGCAGGACGGCCGGACGGACCUGGAUGUGACGCUGGUGAAUGAGCGAGGGGAGGUGGUAGCAUUGAGUACACAGGUAGGCUUGGUGGUGAGUGCGAGUCGCAACCUUGGAACCCGGCAGAAGUUGUAGAGAGUAAGAGUUAGUUGCUCGUGCCCGGUUCCCUCCCCGUCUUGGAUCCACUCCCCGGCCCUACCACCGACCGACUAUCUCUUAUUUACCGAUCGAUCUGAAUAUGUACAUAUAAUAGAAGAACAAUAGAAGAUAU